AUGGCCACCCGGGGCUUCACUACCAAUGGACUGCAAUGGCAGACUGCCAGUAAACAAGAUGGCCACCUGCAGCUCCACAGGGAAAUGCCAGCAUCCAAAAUGGCCGCCCCCGGCUUCACUCUCAUUGAUUUCAAUGGCUGGCCGCCAAGCUUCGCUCGCUCCAGCCACCUGCUGCGGCACAACCGCGUGCACUCCGUCGAGAGUCCUUUCACCUGCUCAGACUGCGGCAAGUGCUUCAAGACGAUGAAUGACCUGGAGAUGCACCUGCAGGUGCACACGGGCAAGAAGCCGUAUGGCUGCUCCACCUGCGGCAAGAGCUUUGCCUGGUUGUCAAACCUGCGGGAUCACCGGUCGAUGCACAACAGUGAACGACCCUUCACCUGCACCGACUGCGGCAAAGCCUUUAAGUUGUCCACGCACCUGAAGGAGCACAGGGUCGUGCACACCGGGGAGAAGCCCCACACCUGCGUCCAGUGCGGCAAGGCCUUCACCCGCUCCAACAACCUGCUGAGGCACCAGCGCACCCACACCGGCGAGCGCCCCUACACCUGCAAAGACUGCGGCAAGGGCUUCACCCAGUCCAAUGAACUGCUGGUGCACCAGCGCACCCACACCGGCGAGCGCCCCUAUACCUGUGUCCAGUGCGGCAAGGGCUUCACUCAGUCCAGCAACCUGCUGAGGCACCAGCGCACCCACACCGGUGAGCGCCCCUACACCUGCGCACAGUGCGGCAAGGGCUUCAUCCGGUCCAGUCACCGGCUGGAGCACCAGUGCACCCACACCGGCGAGCGCCCCUACACCUGCGCCCAGUGCGGCAAGGGCUUCACCCGCUCCAGAAACCUGCUGAGCCACCAGCGCAUCCACACCGGCGAGCGUCCCUACACCUGUGCCCAGUGCGGCAAGGGCUUCAAC